AAACUGCUCCAGCUGGAGGGAGCCGGAGCAGGAGAGGCAGCGAGCGCCGAGUGGAGAGUAGACGUUCCCAGACUAGUCAGUGGCUUCAUGGAGUUAUGCACCUCUGAUCCGCCGCCAUGGAUUGCGAUCUGCGAUCUCCUCUUUUCUUAAUACACCUUUUUAUGUCCACCUUCCUUCCUGCCCUUUGCGUCAUUUACCCCCUCAAUGAAGUUAACCUGUUAGACUCCAAAGCCAGCCAAGGGGAGUUAGGAUGGAUUUCCUACCCGUCACAUGGAUGGAGGGAAAAUUGGGAGGAGAUCAGUGGGGUGGAUGAGCACUACACUCCCAUACGAACCUUCCAGGUCUGCAAUGUGAUGGAGUACAGCCAGAACAACUGGCUUCGCACCAACUGGAUCCCUCGGCAGUCGGCGCAGAAGAUCUACGUGGAGCUGAAGUUCACUCUGAGGGACUGCAAUUCCAUCCCUUUGGUCCUGGGGACAUGCAAGGAGACCUUCAACCUUCUGUACCUGGAGACAGAUGAUGACCAGGGAAGCCAUUUUAGAGAGCAUCAGUACCUCAAGAUUGACACCAUCGCUGCUGAUGAAAGUUUUACCCAAACGGAUCUUGGGGAUCGCAUUCUCAAACUGAACAUUGAGGUGCGUGAGGUGGGGCCCUUGACCAAGAAGGGUUUCUACCUCGCGUUCCAGGACGUGGGGGCCUGUGUUGCUUUAGUUUCCGUGAGGGUUUACUUUAAAAAGUGCCCAUACACUGUGAGGAAUCUGGCUUCCUUCCCUGACACGGUGCCCAUGGACUCCCAAUCUCUGGUUGAGGUCAAAGGUUCGUGUGUGAAUCACUCCAAAGAGGAGGAACCUCCAAGAAUGUACUGCAGCACAGAGGGGGAGUGGCUUGUGCCCAUCGGGAAGUGUCUCUGUAACCAAGGAUACGAGGAGAGAAGCAGCACCUGCCAAACGUGCAGGGCGGGAUUCUACAAAUCUGGCUUCGGCAACACGGAGUGUUCAAAGUGUCCGCCUCACAGCUUCUCACACCAUGAGGGGUCGCUGCACUGCGUCUGUGAGAAAAACUACUUUCGGGCAGAAGGAGACCCCGCCUCCAUGUCCUGUACCAGACCUCCGUCAGCUCCCCGAAACGUGAUCUCCUCCAUCAACGAAACCUCCGUUAUUCUAGAGUGGAGUUGGCCUGACAACACUGGGGGACGGCGAGAUAUCACAUUCGCCGUCCUCUGUAAACGCUGCCGCAGUGUGCCUGCUGAUGGGAGCCAGCGCUGUGAGCCUUGUAGGAGCAACGUCCGCUUUGUGCCCAGAGCCACCGGACUCUACAACACCACAGUGACAGUAACAGACCUGCUGGCCCACACCAACUACACUUUUGAGAUUGAGGCGCAGAACGGCGUAUCCUCUCUGGCACCUCAGAUGAGGCAGUAUGCUGCUGUCACCAUCACUACCAACCAAGCAGCUCCUUCGGCAGUAUCAGGUAUCCGAAAAGAGAAAACAACUCGAAACAGCGUCUCCUUGGCGUGGCAGGAGCCAGAAAGACCAAACGGCAUCAUCCUCGACUAUGAGAUCAAGUAUUAUGAAAAGGAGGAGCAGGAGACCAGCUACACCAUCCUCCGUGCUCGAGGUUGUAAUGUGACCCUAGGUGGUCUGAAGCCCAACACAGCCUACCUGCUUCAGAUCAGAGCUCGCACCGCUGCCGGCUACGGAGCCAGCAGCACCACCUUCCAGUUUGAAACUAGUCCUGACUCAGCCUUUUCAAUCUCCAGUGAGAGCAGCCAGGUUGUUUUGAUUGCCAUUUCCUCCGCUGUGGCCAUCAUCCUUCUCACCGUGCUGCUCUACGUCCUGAUUGGCAGGGUUUGCUGCCGAAGUAAAUCCAAACAUCCAGAUGAGAAAAGGCUGCACUUUGGAAAUGGUCACUUGCGCCUCCCAGGGAUCAGGACAUACAUAGACCCCCACACAUAUGAGGACCCAAGCCAGGCUGUCCAUGAGUUUGCCAAGGAGCUGGACGCUUCAUGCAUUGCCAUUGAUAAAGUCGUGGGAGCAGGUGAGUUUGGAGAGGUGUGCAGUGGUCGUCUAAGGCUCCCCAGCAAAAAGGAGAUCUGUGUGGCCAUCAAGACUCUGAAAGGAGGUUAUACGGAUAAACAAAGGCGGGACUUCCUUGCUGAAGCAUCAAUAAUGGGGCAGUUUGAUCACCCAAACAUCAUCAGGUUGGAGGGUGUAGUGACUCGCAGUAAGCCUGUCAUGAUUGUCACAGAAUACAUGGAGAACGGAUCUCUUGACAGCUUUUUAAGAAAACAUGACGCCCAGUUCACAGGAAUUCAACUGGUUGGGAUGCUGCGGGGCAUCGCCUCAGGCAUGAAGUAUUUGUCAGACAUGGGUUACGUUCACCGAGACCUGGCUGCUCGGAACAUCCUCGUCAACAGCAAUCUGGUGUGCAAAGUGUCAGACUUUGGUUUGUCCCGUGUACUGGAGGACGACCCGGAGGGAGCCUACACCACCAGGGGAGGAAAGAUUCCUAUCCGGUGGACAGCCCCAGAGGCUAUCGCCUACAGGAAGUUUACAUCAGCCAGCGAUGCUUGGAGUUAUGGUAUUGUGCUCUGGGAGGUGAUGUCAUAUGGAGAACGACCAUACUGGGAAAUGUCAAAUCAGGAUGUAAUCAAAGCUGUAGAUGAGGGAUACCGCCUGCCUCCACCUAUGGACUGCCCUGCCACCCUCUACCAGCUGAUGUUGGAUUGCUGGCAAAAAGAGAGGAACAAUCGACCCAAGUUUGAACAGAUUGUCAGCAUUUUGGAUAAACUCAUUCGCAACCCUGGCAGCCUCAAAAUCACAGCCAACACAACAUCCAGGCCAGCCAAUUUAUUGUUGGACAGGAGCAGCUUAGAGGUUCCCUCUAUGGGGACGAUGGGGGACUGGAUGGAUCCGAUGAGAACCCUGCCCUGCAAAGAGGCCUUCUCAGGGGUCAGCUACAGCUCCUGUGACACAAUAGCCAAGACCUCCACAGAUAGAGUGGUUCUGACGGAGGUCCAUGUAACACCAGCCACAUGCCCAGAAUGGGAGCCAUCCAUGGGGAUCACCACCCUCUAACACCCACUUCUUUUCCAGCUGCCCAAGCUCUGGAUGGGAUCUGAAAAAGGUUGGCGUGACUAUUGUUGGACCACAGAAGAAGAUAGUGAGCAGCCUUAAAGCGCUAGAUUCCAACACGAAGAAUGGCCCGGUACCUGUUUAAAAAAAGAUAAAUAACAAUGCAAUGGAUGAAAAACUACAGAGAUCUGUGCUGACUCAGCAGAUGCAGGAACUGGACUCAGAGGGAAUGGACUAUGUUAAAUACUAUUUGUCUUUCAUUCGUUUGGUGAAAGACUGAGAAAAGGUGGAGUUCAAUGCAGAUCUGGCAGUUAGGCACAACCUUCUUCCUCCCUGCCCAAGUUGAGAUGCCUUACAGACUAAUAGAGGAGUCAAGCGAUGAGGAUCAGGUAAACAAACUUGGACCAUACAGGGAAACAGGGUGCGGAUUGAGACAAAGCUAGAGCUCUCCAUAAUUCUGGCUUAGCCACAGAAUGCCAGACCUGCAAUCUGUGGAGCGUGGUGGCGAAAUGGCCUAGAGGCUGCAUGAACACGAGCACGGUUAACCAGCAGCAGCUGACCUGGAUGUGGAACCUCCCUCACCCUUUUGGAUUGAUGGAAGUUGAGGUUGUGGAUUGCAAUGCAGCUGUAAAAACGGGGGAGCUGGACAAACCUAGAUUCUAACCGAGCCAUUGUACUUCUGUAGCUCGAACCUAAAGCAUUUUCAUUCAGUAAACAUGCCAUAUGAAAGCAAUAAUGAUGUAAUCCUUCAAGUAGAGUCAUCAUCUGGAAGCCAUUGGUCUGCCACUUGUGUAAUGUACUUAAAGGGUACAAACUUCAUAACACACUUCUCACACAGGAUUCAGUGACAUCUGGGUUCUCUGUGGGAAUGAACAUCUAUUGAAUUACGCAUCCCCACCCCUCACUUGAUGACCUUUGUGUAAAAUCUCAGGAUGUGUUCAUUCUUUUUUAUCCUUCAAUUUAAGGAAACUAUAGGUGAUGAACGAGCAAAGUCAGCUAUUGAGAGCAAAGAUCUGAAAGAAAAGAGAAGGAAGUGAAAUGAUGGCAAACAAAACUUGAAAAUUAAGCCAUCUCAGCUGUCAUUGGUGAGUGCUCCGCAGGUGUUUUUGAAAAAAAGGGGUUUGUUGCUGAGUUUCGCCUUUUGAGCAUAAGACGUUCGCACCACCACCUCUUCCCCACAGCAGGUAUUAUUUCAGAUCUCUGCAGCUGGUGGAGUUUGAUGGAGACCACUGGUUUGUAUUUGAAUCAAUACCUUUUGUGUCAAAGCUGUGUGGAUUCAUUUAUUUUCUUUAUUGAUUAAAGAAACUUGGUUGGAGAAAAAUUUCUGAGCUAAACUAGUUUCUAUCCAAUGAGCAAAAAAGAGGAAUGUUUCCCGUUGUUGGGUCAGAAAGUAAUGGGAUCACCAAGCUAGAAUUUUUUUUUUUUCAAUUUUAAUUUCUUUUUGUUUCUUUGCUUUAUGGUUAAACAACAAAGUAUGAAAACACCUUAAAGUGUUGCCACCAUUUAAAUAAACCAUCGUGACAAAAAUAAGGAAAAACGCUUUUUUCCUAUCAAAUUCACGUUUUCCUGAAGGCACCUGAACAUAUUUUGAACAAGGAAAAAUAAUAAAUAUUCUGUUUGGAUCAGAAAGUGCAAAACUUACCGAGUAUUUUUAAAAAUGCACUUCCCUUAUUUUCUGCUAUUGGACAAAAGAACAUUCACCUACAAGGAUUUUAUCGCCAUGCACUUAGUAUACAGUGUUGUAGCACUUUGAAUGGGAAUAGUAUUGCCUUGGCUGUAGACUAAGCUUGAGAUAUUGACAAAGCUGAUGGUGCUUUUGGGAAACUCAACUCAGUGAAUCCGUUCUCUCAACAUUUUUGUUCUUGGUCUUCCUGUGGAUGCUGCUGUUGCUGCUGUGCGUUCUAAUUAGCAUGUACAUAUUUGAAAUCAUCUUAUUGGAAGCAACCAGCACUAGAGAUCCCACUGUAUGCUAAUGGCCAUCCCUUUUUUUGUAUAAAAUGUCUGUAUGUAUAAAUGACUUAAUAAAAUUGUGCAACCGUUUUACUUAAAAAAGAAAAGAGACAAAAAUCAUUUGUAUUAUAUUUUAUCUCGUUUGGAUUUAUAUUUGACAGUUGUUUUCUCUUUUUUACAAUAAAAAAAGCAGUUAUGACGACAUUAUUUAUUUGUUAACAUUUACAGUGCAUUGUUGAUUUUUUUUUCUAGCAUAAGAUAAAUUAUGUGUCAGUAUGAAUUGUGUUCAAAUUAACAUACUUUAAAAAACACAAGACAUCUGAAAAAGCAAUACUGUAUGGACUUUAUCCAGAUCCCCUAAUUAUAUGUCUCAAGACUGAUCUGUGUGUCUGUUUGAGAGUUUAUGUUUGCAAAUGUAGAUGGCCUUGUCUACUAAUGUAAAAUGGUUUGUAGUGGAAACAUUUAUAUUUUUAUAAUAAAUAUUCACAAAAUAUUUUCCAACAGA